AUGAGUUGUGCUUCGGAGUCCACUUUUUUGCAGAUGAUGCAACUGAGAAAUGACUCUAUUGAAUAUGAAGGGUGGGCUCAAACCUUUCUCUAUAUUGCUGCUAAGCUGGGGUACGUUGAUAUUUUUGAAACUUUCGUGAACCAAUACGGUGGAAUAAACUCUCUUGUGGAAGGUACAACUCCAUUUCAUAUCGCUUGCGGAUCGGGAAAUAUCGAUGUUGUUCACAGUGCGUUUGAGAUGGGUGGAAACUUCAUGACAUUGGAUUCCCAGGGCGAAACACCUUUGCAUGCUGUUGUAUGGGGCGAGAUUCAUGAAAAUUGGAACAUUCGUGCAACCCUGAGAUAUCUCAUUGGAAAAGGAGCGUCUCUCCUAACAAAAACAAUAUCCGGAAAGUCACUGCUCCACCUAGCAGCGGAAGUGUCAAAUCUCCAGGCAAUAGAGUCGCUGGUUGGUAUUGAGAUGCAUUGCAAUAUUCUUGACAAUUUUGGAAACACGCCAUUGCAUGCUGCUUCUAACACCAAAGAGCUGAAUGGCCCAUUGGGACACAAACAUCGUCUCGAUCCAAUGCCAUUUUACCACCCGACACUUCGGCGUCGAGUAACCCAAAUUGAUUUUGGGGAUUUUUCGAAGAUGUCGGGGGUUAUUCUCAAAGGUCAUUGUACAGAAAUCGACGGCCUCAAAUUCUUUAAUCGUCAAUCUAAACCGGAUGAACGGGGCAGCGAUGAAGCAGUGCGAUUGUUAUUGCAAUAUGGAGCUGCGGCAAAUGCGAAGAAUAAUGACGGUGUGACACCAUUACACCUGGCGUCUAGAUGUGGGAAUUUGCCUCGAAUGGAGGCGCUUUUAAGCAAAGGAGGAGAUCCUAAUAUCAAAGACAAUGCAGGGUGGACAGCUAUCCGAUAUGCUAUCAGCGCUAAUUCGGGGCCUGCAGUGAAGCUCUGUCUAGAACAUGGUGCGGACACAAGCCAAAGUGUGCCGGUUUCCUUGGGCCAAAACGUCGAGGAAGAAUUGACAAUUCUGGAACAUAUCAAGUUUAUGCGUGCUACUGAACUGUUGUACAUUUUGCGAAAACACGAAAAUCCAGAUAUUCCGGAUGAAACCAUUGAAGGGCUUGAAAUUUUGAAACAUUCAAGCGACUUUAAGUGGUUACCUGGAAGAGAUAGGGAAAGGGAGAAAGAAGACAGAAGACAUCGUCAUGAAGAAUGA